UACCUGGCGCCCCAUCUUCUACCCACAUUAACACUACAGCGUGUCUAAAAUGGACGUCCGUGUCAAAACUAAGACGGGAAGCCACUAUGGUUCAGGGACGGAUGGAAAUGUAUUUAUCAAGAUCAUAAGCGACAACGGGCAAGAGUCUGAUGAGUAUCUACUUGACGUGUGGUGGAAAAACGACUUCGAAAAAGGACAAGAGGGCAAGUACGACCUGAAGGAUGUCAAAGUAUGCCCCCCUGUUCGUGAACUGGUGGUGAGUCGGGACAACAGCUGCCAUGAUGACGACUGGUACUGCGAGUCCAUCUCGGUCCACCUUGAGCCGCGCCACCACGGUCCAACCUUCCACUUCCCCGUGAACCGUUGGGUGAAAGCAGGUACGUCCCUUCGUCUCGCACGUGGAGGAUGUGCGCUUCCUUAUUAUGAUGGAGACCAGGAAAAAAGGAGUGAGGAGCUCAAGGGUAUGACAGAGCGCUACGCAUCUUUCACCUUCGUGGAUGGUCUUCUGCCCAUGGUGAAGGAGCUACCUAUGGAAGAGCGUUUUCUGCCAGAACAACGGAGGUCCAUGAUUAAGACUGGAGCGAUACUUACUCUAAAAGACCUCCAUUUUCUGUGUGAUGAAGAUGGGCGUUGGGAAUCAUAUGACAGCAUAAACAAAGCCUUUCCACCAGGAAGAGUGCCUAAGGGCAAAAGUAAUUGGAACACCGAUGAGAACUUCGGUUCGCAGCGUCUGACAGGAGUCAACCCGACAUCCAUCAAGUUGUGCAAGGGAAUUCCCUCAGAGUUUGGAGUAACUGAGGGUAUGGUUAAGCCUUUCCUGGAAGGGUUGACUCUACAGAAGGCCAUCGAAGACAAGCGCCUGUACAUCGUAGAUCACACCAUCAUGAAGGGCACCUCAUUUGCCAAUACCGCACACCCGAGGCCCAUGUGCGCACCAUAUGCCUUGUUUUUCGUCAACAGCAAGAAGGACCUCGUGCCUGUGGCCAUUCAGCUGUACCCUAAUGAAACCGAGAAACCGAAGAAACCGAAGAAAGAGACACAAGAGACACAUGAGGUGUUCCUGCCGAGUGACCCCCCUAACACGUGGCUCCUGGCUAAGAUGUGGUUCAACUGCGCUGAUGCAAGUUACCAUGAGGCAGUGCCCCACUUGGGUUUUACCCAUCUCCUUAUUGAGGCCUGCGCCCUCGCGGCAAAACAAAACCUGGCCCCAUCUCAUCCGAUUCUUCGACUCAUGGCGCCGCAUUUCAUCUACAUGAUGGCUAUCAACAAGUUCGCCCUGUGGACUUUGAUCAGUCCUGGAGGUGGUCUGGACAAAGUCACGCAGAUUGGAGUUGAGGGAAGCUACAACAUCAUCCGGGAAAGGCUGAAGACUUGGUGUCUUGAUAUCGAUGGUUCGUUGCCCGAAGAUCUGAAGAAUCGUGGCGUUGACGACAAGGAAGCCCUUCCUAAGUACUACUACCGCGACGAUGCUUUACCUACCUAUAAUGCCAUUCAUGAGUAUGUCGCCACUGUUGUGAAUUACUUCUACGAUGACUCCAAGAAGCUGAAAGAAGAUCAUGAAGUUCAAGCAUGGGCGAAGGCUCUUCAUUCUGACAUGAAAAUCCCGUUCUCUCAGGAACAUCCUGAGAAUUUUUCCACCAAUGAUCAGCUGAUCAAGACCGUCACCUCCAUCAUCUUCACCGCCAGUGUGCAGCACGCAGCCGUCAACUUCAUGCAGUGGGACCAGUACGGCUUCGUGCCCAACAUGCCGCUCAUACUGGAAGGAAAUCCCCCCAAAACUAAGGUGGCCCUGACGGAACAGGAUGUUUUGGACGCACUCCCUGGGAAGUCCAAGACUGCCGAGAUCAACCUGCUGACCGACGUGCUCAGUGAGCGCGCCACACAGCCUCUAGGGUACUUCGACGUCAAGUACCUUGAAGGUGAAAAGGCGGACUUAGCCGUCCACGGAUUCCAGCGAGCCUUGGCAACCGUCGCAAAGGACAUCGAGUAUGAAAACUCUACAAAGCGCCUCAGGCCGUAUGACUACCUGGAUCCCAAAAGGAUCCCCAAUGCCAUCAGCAUCUAAAUGCUCAGUUUCCAGCAACAGCUUCAGACAAGGUGUAAAAACACAAAGUGAAAUAUUAUACAUAUACAUUUAAGUGUUGUAAGCAAGCUUGAAGAGUACCAAAUACGUAAAUCUAAAAUAACCAAUCUGCUGUAGCAAGAGUGACAAACGUAGUGAGUCAAAACUUACCUCGUUUGACUAGAUGACAAUGUCUAUUAGCCAUCAAUGGAAUGACGAAGAAUUUAGGAUUUACUACUACGAAAUUUAGAACAGGCAUUUGAUUUUCAUGAGGCUGCAUAAUUUGUGAUAAGGGAUAAUUUCUCUACUUGGUGAUAUUUCCUAUUACAUCCUUUUAAAUAGUUGAAGGUUUGCAAUAGCACAACCAAUAUUAGUUUCCCUUGCGUGUGUUGCGCUUUUGAAUGUUAUGACCGUAAUGUUGCGGUCUUAUAAUCAAACGUUAAGUCUGUUUUAUGGUGGUUUUGUAUGUGAUUUUGAUGAGUUGAUGUUGUAGAGGAUUUCAUGAGGAUGCUGUUGCGGUCUUGGCGUAGAUAAAGGAACAACACCCACAGCGAUGAAUGUUUUAUGAUAGAAUAGUAGUUUUGCACUUGAUUUGAUGUGUUAAAUUUGACGUGAAAUGCUAUGAGCAUUUUGCUGUGGUCUUGACGUAGAUAAAGGGACGACAUCUACAGCGAUGAAUGUUUUAUGAUAGAGUAGUAUAUUUGCACGUGAUUUUGAUGUGUAAGAUUUGACGUGGAAUGCUAUGAGCGAUUUUAUCGGAAACUAGAGUUCCACGAAC